UGCAGAAGUGAAACAGGACAGAGGAAGAGAAGUCAAACUUCUGAACCGGCCAUCUAUGAAGAGCUGAGAGACGUGCAAAAAGAGGCAGAAAGAAAGACGUUCCUCGGUGUCAUGUUGGCGGAAGGUUUUUUGACAUCACUGCCCUUCAGGGAGGAGAAACGGUUUGCCUCCAAGCAGAAGAGAGGUCAGACGAGCGCUCAUGGCGUGAACCCGCUGACGUGUGCAGCUUCUUGCUCCAGGUCUGCGCUGCCACAGAUGCUUUCAGCCGAAGCAGGACCAAACUUGGAAGAUUUAAGCUCAGCCCAGAGACGGAGAGUGCCUCCUCAGCCACCGGGCCUCUUCAUCCCCGGGUACUCACCUGCACCAACCCCAAAUCUCGUCUGCAUUGAGAACUGCAGCCUCCUGGACCAGUAUCCAGACCUACAGGUGGCCGAUUCAGGUCGCAUCUCCCACAAUCCAGUGAGAGCCAACUCAAGCCAGCAGGACUCCGGCUACCCUGCGGUGAAUUUUAAGCCAGAGGUCUAUGCUGGUUCAGCUGUGUCCAUCCCAGACCAGGGCUAUCUGGUCAUGGGCGGCACUCAGAGCAUCAGCCUGGACGCGAACGAACCAGGGUUGGAGCCCAUGUCCAACUCCGUGCUGAACGGACUGCUGGAAAAGAAGCUGGAGGAGGUUUACAUGCAGCAUCUGACGGAUAAUUUAGCUCGAUGCAACUCCCACCUGGAGAACAGCCUCCUGCACGGCCUGGUGCCCCCGCCGCAGCCCGGGUCCCAAGAACCCUACUCACUUGAGAACAGCAUGGAUCAAGGUCCACAAAGAGGCAGCGGUGACAAAAUAAGUUAUCUGAGCACCCAGAAUGUUGCUCCCUCCUCACACUUCAGCUCCCCAGUGUUGAGGAUUUCUGAAGCUGAAAAUCCACAUCUGCAGGCAAACGUCCUCCUAAAGUAUUGAAUAUGCUCGACCAGGGAUUCUGCACGGUCACUCAUAUGUACCCGUGAAAGGAAAUUAAGUGUAAUUCCAUGUUGCAGCUCUGUUUUAUGCAUGAUGGAGUGAUGCCUCAAACUCAACUGGUUCCAUGCGCCACCUGCUGUCAAAAGGUGGCACUACAGGUCAGCAGUCUGAUAUGAUUUUUAAAGCUUGUUCUUAGUCACUUCCAGCCUGUUUCUAUUUUAAACCUCAAUUUAAAAAAACAACAACUCAUUUUUAAAUAUUUGAAAAAUCUGAAAGGUUACUUUCCCAAAAUCAUGUAAAGUUAAAGAGUUGAAAUAAGAUCAAUUUGAUGAGAGAGAAACCUCAAAGGUCUAAAACCACAGUCCGUUUCCCACCACAAGUCUUCAAACUUUCAAGAAAAAAACGUUUCAAAUAAAUUGUCACAAAUCUAUUCUUUACAAAUAAAAAUAAAGCUCAUAAAACCAA